GUUGAUGCGGUCACCGGUCAAGGAGGUGCUGGUCCGGCGCGGCAAGGCCGUCGGUGUGAAGGUGCAGAAGAGUAGCGGUGACAUCAAUAUCUUCGCUCCACUCAUCAUCUCUGAUGCGGGCGUCUUCAACACCCUGCAGAAUCUGCUGCCGCGAGAGAUCGCAGCAAAGUCCUAUAUGCACCCGCUCAUUGAGAAAGGCAAGAUCAAACAUGGACACGGCGCAAUGUCACUGUUCGUCGGAUUGAAGGGCGGCACUAAGGAGUUGGGGUUGUCAAAGGUCAACAUCUGGGCUUACCUAGCGUCACUCAUUAGAACAUUCAUGUUCCUUGGAUUCACUCCAGCGCCCCCUGGCAGUGAGCCAGUCGGAGCAAGGAAGAUCGGCGAUGAAAACUUCCUGAUGGUGUACACAGUAGAGUAG